AUGGAGCUGGAGCGGGAGACGGCGGGAGCGAGACCGCUGGAGCCCUGGACCGAGGCGGAGGUUCUCAGCCUACGGCUGGCUGGGGCUCAGCCUUACCACCUGCGAAAUGGGGGUGCCGAUGGCACCUCGUGCUCAGCCGGAGAGAUGACACAGGCCUGGGGCGGCAUCCGCGGAUCCUGGGCCUGUCUCCUCUGCUUCACGUCUUACGAGGAGCGUCUCCAGAUUUGCCAGAUCUUCGCCGGCCUGGACAGCCCCGACCUCGGGAAGUGUGAGGAGGCCUUCGCAGACGCCUUUAAGGGGCUGCUGGACACUGAGAUCAACUACGAGGAGAGGGGCCAGCUGCACGAUGCCUUCACCCAGAUGACCCACUCCCUCCAGGAGAUGGCCGCUGCCCAGGGGUCCUUUCGGGUUGCCUUUCUUCAUGCCGCGGAGAAAAUGCAGAAGAUUAUAUUGCAGCUUAAGGAAGUGCAGGCCUGCAUUCCUCCCUGCGGACUCCAGGAGGUCACCCGGCGUUUUCGCUGCCGCGGAUGCUACUCCAAGGUCUGCGACCUCCCGCUUGACUGCCCAGUUCAGGACCUGACGGUGACUCGGGGUCGUCAGGCCAUGUUCUCUUGCACUGUGAACUUCCAGCUGCCUAAGGAAGAGAUCACCUAUUCCUGGAAGUUCGCAGGAGGUGGACUCCGGACUCAAGAUCCAACCUACUUCCGAGAUAUUCCGCGGGCCCAAGGUUACCUGGCGCGGAUCCGGCCGGUGCAGCCCACGCACCGCGGGACCUUCUCUUGCGUGAUCACGCACGACCAGCGCCCCCUGGCGCGGCUCUACUUCUUUCUUAACGUGACGGGCCCGCCGCCGCGCGCGGAGACCGAGCUCCAGGGCUCUUUUCGGGAAGUGUUACGCUGGGUGCCGCGGGAGGCGGAGAUGGUCGAACCCUGGAGGCCCAGCCUGGGCGAGCUGCUGGCCAGGCCCGAGGCUCUGACGCCGGGCAAUCAGUGCCUGCUCGUGGCCCUUGUGGCCUUAGCAUCAGCCAGUGUGACCGUGCUGGUGUGGAUGUUUUUUCGAUGGUACUGCAGCGGCAACUAA